CAACAUUUCGCGGCUUUAUCCCACCUUUUUACGAAUAUCUUCUUGUAAAAAAACAAACGGGAUAUGAAGGACAGACGUGCCCAGGCAUUGCAGGCAUGGCUGCGUCAUCAACCCCCAAAAAUCAAGGCCUUUAUGGCCUUGGUUUCUACCGUUGCAGCUCUAGUUGUUAUACGUAUGGUGGUUUAUGACCAUGAUAACCUCUUUAUUGCCGCGGAAGCUGUCCAUGCAAUUGGCAUUUCUGUCCUUAUUUACAAACUUGCAACCGAAAAAACUUGUGUUGGUCUUUCACUCAAAUCACAAGAAUUGACGGCUAUAUUCUUAGGUGCUAGAUUGUACUGCAGUUUUGUUAUGGAAUGCGAUGUACAUACUUUACUCGACUUAGCUACAUUGACAACAACCAUUUGGGUUAUCUAUAUGAUGCGUGUCAACUUGAAUUCCAGUUACAUGCUCGAAAAAGAUAACAUCUCAAAUUUGUAUGUUGUUGUUCCUUGUGCUGUAUUGUCUCUGUUGGUUCAUCCCACAACACAACAUUACAUGGUAUACAGAAUCAUGUGGGCUUUCUGUGUCUAUCUUGAAUCUGUUUCUGUACUUCCACAACUUCGUGUCAUGCAAAAUACCAAGAUUGUUGAACCAUUUACAGCCCAUUAUGUAUUCGCUUUAGGGGUUGCAAGGUUUUUAAGCUGUGCACAUUGGAUUCUCCAGGUUGUGGAUACCAGGGGACGUCUUUUGACGGCUUUAGGUUAUGGAAUGUGGCCUUCAUUGGUCCUUCUUUCAGAAAUUGUUCAAACAUUUAUACUUGCCGAUUUCUGCUAUUAUUAUGUCCAAAGUGUUAUGGGCGGACAGCUAGUUCUACGUCUACCUUCAGGAGUAGUGUGA